UUGGGCCCUUUUCCCUUUUUUCACCUCUUCUAGGUGUAAGUCUUGAUUAAAUUAUCUGAAUCUAAGUGUUCCUUCCAUUUUCUUACCCCAAAAAAGAAAAAAAGGUUUCGUCUUUGAGGAAUUUCAGCCAAAGGGGUACAAGAAUUUAUAGGAAUUUCUAAGGAUUUAAUUAUUUUAUUAAGUCUGACAUAAUAUAAUGGAUUCAGAUUCUUGGACUCGUCUAUUUACGUCUUCAAGGCGUUACCAAUCUCGAUCAGAUAUCUAUAGUAACAUAGGAGAGGAGUAUGAUGGUGAAGAGGAAUCGAGGCCAGAGUUUCUGUGUCCUUUCUGUGCUGAGGAUUUUGAUAUUGUUGGCCUCUGUUGUCAUAUCGAUGAAGAGCAUCCUAUUGAGGCUAAGAAUGGGAUAUGUCCGGUUUGUGCAAAAAGGGUUGGAAUGGAUUUGGUUGGUCAUAUUACUCAGCAACAUGGAAAUAUUUUAAAGGUACAGCGCAGGAGAAGAUUUCGAAGGGGUGGUACUUCGGCUCUCUCUAUUUUAAGAAGGGAGCUAAGGGAAGGAAAUCUGCAAUCCAUCCUUGGGGGGUCCUCUCGUUUGGUUUCUUCCUCUACUACAGAUCCCGAUCCCUUGUUAUCUUCAUUCAUUCACAAUACACCUUUGGCUAAUGAAAUUCCUGAUGUUCAACCUUUAUCUUGUACUAAGCAAAGUUCAAAACAAGAAAGCACUCUUGAAAACUCUUCUGAAAGAAAUGUUCAGCCACCUCCACUAUCUGACAAAGAUCAGGAGGAGAAGGCCAGGAGAAGUGAGUUUGUGCAAGGGCUGCUGCUGUCCACCUUUCUUGAAGAAGACUUCUAAGCAAGAAGAGAAUAAUGUAGCUUGGAUAGAGAAAAGAAAGGGGAUGCUGCCAUUCUGUGUAGUAGCUAGGGCAAGAGGGAACUCUUAAAAGUCCUACUUAUGUGUAUAUUAAUUAAAGACUACAUUCGUUUCCCAUCUUUCAAUGUAGGCCAUAUGCUAAUAUAUUUCUAAGUUAAUUGUGUAAAGCAACAAGAGAGAUAUAUGACUAUAUUGCUAGUUUCACUAAAAUUAUCAAGCAGUGAAGCAGCUAGCGCCGUACUAUGGCUGCUGCUUUUCAUCCA